UUAAAAUUUGUAUUCAUUGUUUUAACUUCCAUGGUCAACAAACCCUAAUAAUUGAAACAGUCAAAAUUCAUCGUCAGUUUCCGACAGCCAGUUUGCAUCAUUUGCAUUCUGUCCCAAGUCCUCUUCCGUAGCCCUAGCUAAAAACUUGUCAUGCACGCACGCGCUGUGAGGCAGAGUGAGAAAAUGGCAGACGUCUCUUUGGAUGAAGUGAUACGACGGCGCGGUAUUAACCUCAAAGCACCAGCUAAACGACCCAUGUUUGGACGAGGUGCAGGAGGGGUUGGCAAGAGCUUUGAUGCUCGGCAGAAAAUUGGGACUAAUGAUGUCAGACAGCGGCUUGGAGCAGGUAAAGGCAUUGUUGCAGGUUUUCAAGUGAAGGAUGCCAGAGAAAAGCUGGGUCAGAAGGAUGCACGCUUUAAAAUCCGUGGUAGGGGAGGAGGAGGAAGAGGUGGAGGAUCAGGAGGAGGAGGAGGAGGAGGAGGAGGAGUGCAGGAUGCUCGUCAGAUGAUCAACUCGCGCAAACAGGGGCCGAAUCCGUUCAGUGUCCCUGAACAGACAAUGCAAAAGAUGGCAGUAAAACACCAUCUGCAGGGCCAGACACUUGUGCCACAGAUACAGAUACACACCAGCAACAAUCUUGCUGGUCUGAACUCAAGGCACUUUUCCCCAGAUGUACAUGGACUGGGUUUAAGGGGCAGUGCACCGCCACAGCUAAGCAAUAAUAAGAGAAUGAUGGAUGCUCGAGAUAGACUUAGCCUCAAGAGGAGCAUUGGAGGGACACAGACACAGGCAGCUGUUGCACUACCCCUAAAAAUUACCAAGACUAUCCAGCAACGUACAGGAGGGGUAGGGAUGUCUGGUGGAAUACGUGCAGCUACACAGCCUCUCUUAAAUGAGCAUGAUGGCCCCCACAGUAAACAAAUAAAGAUCACAACAGCUAAUAUGCUCCAAUCUCGGCCUGGUACAAUGGGCUCCACAUUCUCCAUGUCAGCCCCAAUCACCAAGGUGGUUAAAAAUGAUGCUUACACAGCCCCACGUCCUCCUGUCCCUGUGGCUCCCACCCGGCCCAACACCAGCAUGGCUGCUAGCCGGCCCUCCGCUGCAGCCUUACAACCAGUCUCCAGGACUCUCCAGCAAAGCACAGCAGAAACCAGCACAACCGCUCCUGCUCCCCCUCAGCCUGCUUUCAGUCCUUUGGAGGGGACCAAAAUAACAGUGAACAACCUACACCCCCGGGUCACUGAGGAAGACAUAGUUGAACUAUUCUGUGUGUGUGGGGCGUUGAAGCGAGCACGGCUGGUGAAGGUGGGCGUGGCUGAAGUGGUGUUUGUCCGCAAAGAGGACGCCGUGAGUGCAUACAGGAAGUACAACAAUCGCUGCCUGGACGGUCAACCCAUGAAGUGUAACCUUCAUAUUCAGGGGAAUGUCAUCACUUCUGAUCAGCCCAUUCUGUUGAGGCUCAGUGACACUCCAGGCGCAGGCAGCGGUUCAAAGAAAGAAGGUCUGCCACCCUCCUUGUCUCGCCCCGCAGGUCAGCGAGCCUCCUCUCAGCCUACUCCAGAGGUUGACCCUCAGACCAUCCUCAAAGCUCUGUUCAAGUCCACUGUACAGUCCACAUCCACCACCGAGCCCCCCAGCUCACAGGCCACUGCCUUUCGCAUCAAGAUUUAGCUCAUGUCUCGUGUGAAUACACUCUGUUCAUAAACAUAUUACUGCAUUCUCAGUGUUCGCAUACAAACUGUGGUUUUCACCUUGACAGCAGGCGGCCCACUUUCUCUCAUAUGAAACAGAUUUUUACACAUUUGUUAUACAUGACUUCUGAAUGGGAAAUUUGUGGCUACUCAAAAUCAUGUUUUUGGUUUUGUGGUAUCCACAUUUUACCUGAAUGUUUCUGAGAUGGAUCGGUGGAGGAAAGUGUGAUUUGUUGUUAUAAUCCAAUGCGAUGGGCGAUGCCAAAUCAAACUGGAUGUAGGGAUUUGUUUUAUUUUUCAAUAAGUUGUCAAUUUGUCAAUUCAGUACCAGUCCAUUUUGAUGGGUUGAGUUUUGUUUUUUAAUGCUCCAGUUUAUCUCCACCCACUCCUGCGACCCCCCCUCCCCUCAAAAAAAGAAAAGCCCCACAACAAAUUGACAGACAUUAAGCAGCAUUGUUAUAUUGAGGGAAACAUGUUGUUUAACGCUCUGUACACCCACACAGGUGUGUUCAGUUAUAUUGUCUGUACCUUUUUUUCUGAUUUUCUAAAUAAGUUGGAAUAUAGACCAAACCAAAAUAAAAAACACAAUACAGUGAUCUGAUUAGCCAGGACAAUGAAUUAUUUCUGCAAAUCCUUUCCACAACUUUACCUAACUUCAAACUUAAAGAGGUCUUAGCUAAAAUGACUGAAAACACCUGUGCGAAUAUAGGUUUUUUUUUUUUUUUUUUCACCGUCUUUGUAGCAUCCAGAUUCUUGUGUGCUUUUUGUGACUGAUUUUACUUGGUUGUCCAGUUUUGAAGCAGUGUAUAUGUUUAAUUCUUCCUAGUAUACAUUACACUUGACUAUGUUCAAAGACUGUAAAUUACUUUGUGUUGCUUUCUUGGCAUGUCAGUCAAGAGACUGGAGCGGUCAGACCUGUCUGAGAUGUCGCCAUUAAAUAUUUAGCUUUGUA